AACGAAGUGGCCUUUAUUCCUGGAAGGGGACGGUUGCAUCCCGGACUCUCGGCACACAACAGCAUCCAUUCCUCACCCCCCAAGGCCGUAGGGAACGGCCUGGAUCCUCCCGGUUGAAAGUCCAUGUGAGGUCGCCUGAGAGCAGACACGACAGCCCCUUCCCUGUGCCUUCUGCGUCGCCAGACAUCUGCCCGCCGGAGCUCACCAUUUCUGGUCCCCCGUCCCCUUCCAACCAGCGAGUGGCUCCGGCCAGCAAGCCCAAAGUGGCCCUGGAUCCCCACGUCCGUCUGAAGGAUGGGAAAAUUGAUCUGAUGCUGCAAUACCUGGGCCUUGAUGUGAGUGAGGAGAAGAAGAGGCAGCUGAGGCAGAGCGUGACGACAGACUCCCAGGGCACAGUGGCCUAUGGAGAUGUCCUCCAUGCGCUCAGGGACCUGUUUCCAGAAGAGCUGGAGGAGGCCGGCCUUGAUUCCAACUCGGUGCUCUUCACUCAACACGAAGUGGCCAUGCUCUUGGACACCUCGGCUUUCCAUUCUCUGACGUUCGACUCGGUCAGCUGCAACGACAGCGAAGAGCUGGAGCAGCUGCAGUUGGAGAUGAUGGAGCUGCGGCAGGAAGUCCGGCGGCUAAAGACUCUCUUGAAGGAAGUAGAAAGCAGCAAGAAGUCCAUGGAAGACGAGCUUCAGAGUCUUAACCAGAAGGCCCUGGGCUUCCUCUCGGAGAACCGAACUCUGCACAACAAGCUGCAGGUGGCCGAGGUGUCCCAGCGACAAGCCCACAGCGCCGAGCAGGAUUACGAGGAAGUCAUUCACUUGCUGGAGGCCGAAAUCGUGGAGCUGAAAACCCAGCUUUUGGGGAGGAAAGCCAGGCUGGCUUCCGAAGUAGAGAACGAAUUCCUAGAGCUGAAAAGGCGGUUGUCGCAGGUGGAUGGGCAGCUGAGGAAAUCGGAGGUCACAAGGAAACGUCUGGAAAUCUGCAACAAAAGACUUCUUCUCUUUGUGCAGAACGUCCAUAAACUCCUGAGCUCCUCCUGUACAGAGAAGAGGUGA